AUGGGGCGGAGAUCCACGUCAUCCACCAAAAGUGGAAAAUUUAUGAACCCUACAGACCAAGCCAGAAAAGAAGCUCGGAAAAGAGAAUUAAAGAAGAACAAAAAACAGCGCAUGAUGGUACGAGCUGCAGUUUUAAAGAUGAAGGAUCCCAAACAAAUUAUCCGGGACAUGGAAAAAUUGGAUGAAAUGGAGUUUAACCCAGUGCAGCAGCCACAGUUAAAUGAGAAAGUGCUGAAAGACAAGCGUAAAAAGCUACGUGAAACAUUUGAACGUAUUCUACGACUCUAUGAGAAAGAGAAUCCAGAUAUUUACAAAGAAUUGAGAAAGCUAGAAGUAGAAUAUGAACAGAAGAGGGCUCAACUUAGCCAAUAUUUUGAUGCUGUCAAGAAUGCCCAGCAUGUGGAAGUGGAGAGUAUUCCUCUGCCAGAUAUGCCGCAUGCUCCUUCCAACAUCUUGAUCCAGGACAUUCCACUUCCUGGGGCCCAGCCACCCUCCAUCCUUAAGAAGACCUCAGCCUAUGGACCUCCAACUCGGGCAGUUUCUAUACUUCCUCUUCUUGGACAUGGCGUUCCACGUUUGCCCCCUGGCAGGAAACCUCCAGGUCCUCCCCCGGGCCCACCUCCUCCUCAAGUCUUACAAAUGUAUGGCCGCAAAGUGGGCUUUGCCCUAGAUCUUCCCGCUCGUAGGCGAGAUGAAGACAUGUUAUAUAGUCCUGAACUUGCUCAGCGGGGUCAUGACGAUGAUGUUUCUAGCACCAGUGAAGAUGAUGGCUAUCCUGAAGACAUGGACCAGGAUAAGCAUGACGACAGUACUGAUGACAGCGACAGUGACAGAUCAGAUGGAGAAAGUGAAGGGGAUGAAUUUGUACACCGUGAUGACACUGAGAGAGAAAACAAUGAAGAAAAAAAAUCAGGUCUGAGUGUACGGUUUGCAGAUAUGCCUGGAAAAUCUAGAAAGAAGAAGAAGAAGAACAUGAAGGAGCUGACUCCUCUCCAAGCCAUGAUGCUUCGAAUGGCAGGGCAGGAAAUCCCCGAGGAGGGCCGAGAAGUCGAGGAGUUUUCAGAGGACGACGACGAAGAGUCGGAUGAUUCCGAAGCAGAGAAGCAGUCACAGAAGCAGCACAAGGAGGAGUCUCUCUCUGAUGGCACGUCUGCAGCUUCCCAGCAGCAAGCCCCUCCACAGUCAGUUCCUCCGUCUCAGAUACAAGCACCCCCCAUGCCAGGACCACCUCCGCUUGGACCGCCACCUGCUCCACCUUUACGGCCACCUGGACCACCUACAGGCCUUCCUCCUGGACCACCUCCAGGAGCUCCUCCGUUCCUGAGACCACCUGGAAUGCCAGGGCUCCGAGGGCCUCUACCCCGACUUUUACCUCCAGGCCCGCCACCAGGCCGGCCGCCUGGCCCUCCUCCAGGCCCACCUCCAGGUCUGCCUCCUGGCCCUCCUCCUCGGGGACCCCCACCACGGCUACCUCCCCCAGCACCUCCAGGUAUCCCUCCACCCCGUCCUGGCAUGAUGCGCCCACCUCUGGUGCCUCCUCUUGGACCUGCCCCACCUGGGCUCUUCCCACCAGCUCCCUUACCCAACCCGGGGGUUCUGAGUGCUCCCCCCAACUUGAUCCAGCGACCUAAGGCGGAUGACACAAGCGCAGCCACCAUCGAGAAGAAAGCUACGGCAACCAUCAGUGCCAAGCCACAGAUCACUAAUCCCAAGGCAGAGAUCACACGAUUCGUGCCCACCGCACUGCGGGUGCGUCGAGAGAAUAAAGGGGCUGCUGCUGCUCCCCAGAGAAAGUCAGAGGAUGAUUCUGCUGUGCCUCUUGCCAAAACAGCACCCAAAUCUGGCCCAUCUGUUCCUGUGUCGGUGCAGACUAAGGACGAUGUCUAUGAGGCUUUCAUGAAAGAGAUGGAAGGGCUGCUGUGA